UCGUGCUGAGUGUGUGUGGUCUGUCUAUGUGUGUGUGUGAGUGUGUGUUGGUGAAGAUGGGGUGUCCUCCUCUCAAACACUGUUGCUAAGGAAAUGGACUUGAAUGGAUCCGUGGCUCGGGCUCAAUCCUCCCGCUCGCCCCCCUCGUCAGCCCGCUGCUGCUGCUGCUGCUGCGCGUGUCGGUGUGUGACUGUGUGUGUUUACAGGAAUCACUGCGAACAGCGUGACGCGUCAGAGCCAGCUCUGCACCAGCCAGGUCCAGUGGAGCUGCGGCUGAAGAACUGAGGAGCUGGGGGAUUUGACUGGCAGCUGGUACACACCACCACCAAGGGAGGGAGAGAGAGGCGGCUGGGGCAGUGGGGUCGACGAGCCUGGCUGGCGCUGGGUGAAUGCUGCCAAGCGAGGACAACGGCUGAGGAGGCGGCAUCAGCAGCAGCAGCAUCCACUUUUUUAAAAGGAGUAUGGCAUCCACGGGCAUGCAGAUAUUUGGAUUUGUCCUGGCUCUGUUGGGCAUCAUGGGUGCCAUGGUGGCCACUGUGCUGCCCAACUGGAAGGUCAGCGCAGACGUGGGCUCCAACAUCAUCACAGCGAUCUCCCAGAUGCAGGGACUGUGGAUGGACUGCACAUGGUACAGCACAGGCAUGUUCAGUUGCACACUCAAGUAUUCCGUGCUUUCACUACCUGCGUACUUGCAGACGGCCCGCACCACCAUGGUGCUGUGCUGCGUAAUGGCUGCCAUGGGCCUCUGCCUCGCAUCCCUGGGACUAAAAUGCACACGUUGGGGAGGUGGACGACGCUCCAAGCGACACGCUGCAAUCGCAAGCGGUGGCUGCUUUGUUGCCGCAGGGUUUCUGUGUCUGGUUCCUGCUUCCUGGUUUACCAACGAGGUCAUCACCAACUUUCUGGACUCCAGUGUGCCAGAGAGCAAUAAGUUUGAGCCUGGGGGCGCUGUGUAUGUUGCCUUUGUUUCAGCAGGAUUCCUCUUUGUUGGGGGGUCCAUCUUCUGUAUGUCCUGUUCAGGGAAGCGGCAUGGCCCCCAGGACCUGGUCCUGCUGCCUCCCCCUGACAAACUGCUGCUCCAGCAGCAGCAGCAACAGCUGCUUCAGCAGCAGCAGGAGCUCCAGCACCAGUACUGCUCUCUCUCCCCAUUAGACAAUAAGACGGGCUACAGCCUGCAGGACUAUGUGUAAUAAAGCAGCGCUGUGUAUGCCACGGCAAAAGGGAGAUGAGCCUGAGGGGAAACCAUCACGGCUUACGUUGCACACUAGGCUCUACUUUACAUGGAGGUGGAGAAAAGACGAGGGAGGAGGGCAACAACUUUGAAUUCAUUUUCCCCCCUUCUCCUUUAUCUGGCUCUUCUCCUUUUCUUUCUGUUUUGCAAGCACAAGCAGUGGAGGUAUUCCCUAAGCAGCGGCUUGGAACAAACAGCAUGAAUGUGUAAGGAGCCAGGAUAAGGUGCUGCAGAAUCGGAGGACGCCGCUAACCAAAUGCAGACAUCCUUCAUCACAGAGAGAGUUCCCUGGGGAAUGGAUUAAGCAAAUAAGGAAGGCUCCAGAGUAGAUUUUUUUUCCUCGCCAAAGGUUUGAAUUAAAAGAGAGAGAAAAAAAGCAAUCAUUUAGCUGCUAUUUACAAUCGUUUGGUACACUCCCAUUUGACGAACAUAGGCAAUAUAAUGUCUGAGAGCAGGAGGUGGAAGCCCUCUCAUUUGCAAGCCAUUGUAGUUUUUUCGUAUACUUACCCACUAGAAUGCUACACGGAAAUGACUGAAAUAAAUGGUCAUACUUAUGUUAGCUACUGAUGUUGAUAUGUUGCCUCUAAAGCAUGCUGUGUGGAGCCUGUCUGUGUAUUAAUACAGAGGAAUGCCUGGUUAGAAGACUGAGACAUAGCCACACAAUGCCUGUGCCUGAAAAGCUGUAGAAACAUUACCCUGCUGUAACUGUUCAUAGAGGACUGUCAGGAGGAAUAGAUGUGGGCUGCCGGGCUGGGACUGAGACCCACAACGCAGACAAACAGAUGCCUGCCUCUCUUUUUCUCUGCAGGUGGAAAUAUGAGAGAGAUGGAGAGAAGAAAGAUUGAUAGAAAGAUUCAAUCCUCCAGCAGAGGGGACCAUCUGAUAUGCUGUUUUCAUAUUUCCGUCCGCACCGAAAAGAAAAAAAAAAAAAAAUAAACAUCCUGCCUUUAAGUGACAGCCACCCAUCUCAAUCCAUUCCUGCACCCCCUCCGUCAUGCACGCCCACCCCGCGCACACUUACACAUGCUCUUGUGCGUCUCCGUUUACACAGUAAACACUCAAGACACGCCGGCUUUUUGCAUGUGCUCUUCACUCUUGUCAUCCUCCUCCACACUGCCAUGGAAACAGAAUUCUGCCUUCAAAUAUCUUUAUUGUCUGAGGGUAUGUGCUUGUCAGUCAGUGAUUUCGAAGUUGUUGUUUUUUUGUGAAGGGGGGGGGUGGUCUCUCUUUGUCUAGCCAUGGCUCCAUAAGCUUUAAUCAGAGCCUCUGCUUAUGCUACAUUUACUAAUCCCCCUCUACAAGUCAGGGACAAGAGGCAGCAUCCCUGACACAUGGGUUUGAAAAAUGCUUUACUUUGCUGCCCACUGCUGCGGUGUCCAUACCAUAGUCUCACACACAGGGGUGAGCAGAUGUUUAAUGGUGCAGUGGCAGAGAGGCAAAAAAUAAAAUGAAGCAGAGAGGGGAGACGCUUCUUGAGUCAUGGUCGACUGGGUGGCUGUGUGGCAGGCAGCUAAAAAAGGUUUGAGUCAUUCUCCAUAUGUGACUUGUUUUCCAAGUGCGUCAGCAGUGCGCAGACGCCACCAGCCUGCACCUGCAAGAAGGUCUUCGUGACUUAAACUGUGGCCACUUGGCUGUGCCGCCGUUCCCUCCAUUUCCUACCUGUCAGUCUCAUCAUUUCAUUUUCAACCCACACCCUGUCCCUGCUUAUGUCAAAUGUCACAUAGAUGUGAUCGCUGACAACAGAACGCUGAUGCAUGCUGAAAAGCGUGGCUGCCCAACGCACACCAAGCACGCAUAAACAAAACUCGCACCUACUCAUAUGUCAUCAGCACUGUCACGCUUGUAAGCGCUCGUGCUCCAGAGUGUGUCUGCUUUUUUUUUUUUUUCGGAGGGAAGGAUAUUGGAGGAAUAUUGUCUUUUUGUGUGUAGUCAAGUGAUGUAUAGAGGUGCACGUUCCCUCCUUCUCUCUCAUAAACAUGCUGCUUCCUGGGGGAGAGCAGAUGGCUAAGCCCAGCUCGCCACCUGCAGGCUGCUUCCUGCACGCCACGGGCAUCUCUGUGGGUAACACUGCCAGCUCUGGCAGCCCUAUAAGGUUCAGGGUUCCACCCCACCCUGAGUUACACAUCUUUGCCCGGCACAGACUUUAGAACUGGCCUCCUGACAAUAACUCACUGCCCAGGCACCAUUACCAAUGCAAUAAACAAAGUAAAGAAUGUGCCAUGUCAUCAGCUAAUACUGACACGAUAUGUGUUUGCAGAAUGUGCCAAAUCGUCUCAUGAUGACACGUUUUAAUACUAUCUGGAGUUAUUUCUGUUUAUUUUUUUAUUGCGUUGUUUGUACAUGAAUAAUACAUUAGCAAAUGUUUUAUGGAUUUGUGAUUUGUUCUGCCAGACUAAGUCUCAAGUCGACUAGAUGCUUGUGUAUAGUCCAGCGCAGCUUUUGAGGGUUAUUUUAAAUCCUCUUUAUUCAUCUUUUUCCCAGAGCAGAGCGAAGACCACUCUCAAUGAGUUUCAUCUGGGUGACACGAGUGUGGUAUUUUAUAAAUGAACACAUGAAGAAAGUAUUUUGUUUUAGGAAAUCUGUGACAUCUGUACACAAGUAUCUAAGCGUUUCGAUGUGUUUUUGUUUUUACCGAGACUACCCUCUAGAUUAUUUCAAUAUAAGAUACAAUACCAUGUUCAUACCAUAUCUUCUUUAUAAGAAGACCUUUACUUGUGUUCCUUUAUUUGACAGCAGUUUGUUUCAAAAGGCUGAGCUCCCUGGACCAGUACAAAUUCAUAACACAACUGGCACUCUGGAGAAAAAAAAAGGAACCAUCUCUGUCUGCUAGGAUUCAGCAGGGAAACAGGAGCUAGAGGUUUCUCUUUUUUUUUUGUGGCUGUGCAGCUUGAUCAUCAGCACGCAAAUAUCAUUAGCUUAUAAAUGGCCAGAGUGCAAAAGUGACUAGGUCCUAAAAAGUCUGAAGAGUAACAUCUCUCCUGCGUCUACUUGUACCAAGACACUGAUUUAUCAUUUUGAUAACUGCAGCUUAUUUUUGUGGAUGCUUUAGCACUUCUUACUUUGCCAGAGCAUAUUUGUGAUGAUGAACAGUUCACAAGUUCUGAUACAGUUGUCUCAAUGUGCUUGUGCAAGUAGUUCUAUUUUUUACCAGUAAAACUAUUUUGUGAAAGCAA